CCCACCCACUGCAGUGCAGAGGACUUUUUGUGUUUUUUGUUCGUUUUCGUUCGCGUUCGCGAUAUGACGGUUGCUUUGCUUGCUAUCGUUUUCAGUUGAUAAAUUUGAUUCGAAUUUGAUUGUUUAUAUUAGAAAAUGGCGUCUAAAAUGGAUACCAAGAACGAGGAGAGGAUUCCUGUGGACAUUUUGUAUGACUUAAUCAGUCGAUUCAUCAUAAACAUACCUGCUGAUGAACGGAAAAAUAUGGUCCGAAUCUGCUUCCAAAUAGAAAUUGCCCAUUGGUUCUACUUAGAUUUCUAUUGUACAGAGAAUCCACAACUGAAAACAUGUACAAUGAAGGAAUUUACAAUUCUUAUUUUGAAGUACAUACCAGACAUGCAACAUCACUUAAAAAAUGUGGAUUCAAUUCUAACAGAAUGGAGAGAGUACAAGAGAGCUGUGCCCACGUAUGGUGCCAUUGUGUUAGAUGAAGAUUUAACUCACGUAUUACUUGUCCAAAGCUAUUUCGCUAAAUCAUCUUGGGGCUUUCCUAAAGGAAAAGUGAAUGAAGAAGAGCCGCCUGCCAGAUGUGCAGUGAGAGAAGUUUUUGAAGAGACAGGAUUUGAUAUCAGUAAUUUAAUAGAAGAGAAUUCAUUUAUAGAAAUCACAUGGAACGAUCAGGCUACACGUUUGUACCUAAUUCCCGGAGUAGAUAGAAAAACUGUGUUUCGUCCAAGAACACGCAUGGAAAUUAAAGCUGUGGAGUGGUUUCCCUUGGCUGAUUUGCCUGAUCGCAAGAAAAGCAACACCAAGGAUGCCACUACACCUAAGCCUAAGAAGGGUCCCAGUAAUCCCAACAAUUUUUUCAUGGUUCUACCAUUUGUAAAGAAAAUACGUGCAUGGGUCAAUCAAAGGCAGCCUCGAAGACAACGCCAUAAAUCUGUUACCGAUGCUGAUAUGCUUGGACGUCAGCAUCACACCUCAGCCUUUGAAAAUGGUGACACUCAACCAAAGGUCAUGACCCAACAACAGAUGUACACUUCAGUUUUACAGGAUGAGGUUCAAGAAUUCAAAUUGAUGAGACAGCUCAGAGUAAAUACUCCUCAAAGUGCGCCCCCAAGACCUCAGGGUCUUUCAAGAAGGGACAGAUCAUCUAUCAAGCGGCAACUGUUCACUGGUGAUGAAGAAAAGAAUGGGCUUGUGGCUCGGGUCCAACAAAAUGGUGGCAAGAACAGUAACUCUCGUCAAAAUGGAUCCACCUCAAAGCAGCCUCAACCAUUCUCAGCACGAUCCUGGACAAAUUUCAAAUUUGACAGGGCCGCUAUUUAUGCUUCUUUGCCAGCCUUGAGACCUGUUAUUGUGAAUUAAACCUUUUUCUGCUUUUUUCAGGGUAUUAGUCUCCCUAAUUGAAAUAAACUUUGACCUAUGGGAUCAGAAUCUAGCCAUGUAGGCCUCCUUCAAUUCAGUGAGAAAUUUUAAUGUUGACUGGCAUUUGACAAUCUCAAAACCAUGGCUAAUGAUCUUGGUGCAUACUGUAGUACUAAAAUUGAAUACCUAAUCAAUUUUGCAAUUGUAUGUACUAUCUCUUUCUUCUUCUUUUUUUUCUUCCCCCUUCUGGAGGGGUGAAGUGUAUUUGUUUGUCACCCUCCCAUUUUGCACAGCAGGAAGGACCUAUUUGUUUUGUAAAGUCUUGCUUAACAUUAUCUAUUAUAUCAUGUUAUGGUGCAAUUUCCUCAUUACAGUAGUUCUACUUGGUUUUCAAUGUGUGUGCAUUUAAAGUUAAAUUGAUUCAGGUGUAAAUGUGUCUAAAAUUUGGGUUGUGGUUUCUAUAAGGGUUGGUCAAUGUUCUGUGAUUGAAAGAUGAAAACUAUUUUUAUUUUAAGUGGAUAUGGCAUGGGCAGGAGUCUUCUAAUGCAAGAUGAGAACUAGUGUCUAUAUGUAUUGAAGAUGUACUUCAAAAGACUGUGAAUAUUUAUUUUAUAGUUGGGUGGUUUGGAAGUUAUUGGUACAAAAAAGCAAUUCCGCUGAAUAACCUCCUACAUCAAUGUGUCUAUAGACCUCCUUUUAUAGUUUUACUUGUAACUGAUGUCUCUGCAUCAUUGUUGGCUUCAAAGCAGAUUCUUUGUCAUCAUAUUCUAAUGAUUCUGAAAACUCAAUUUUAUUGUCUUUCUAUUGUCACCUCUCCUCUUCUUUGUGUUUUUUAUUACAUGACUCAUGGAGCAUAACAUUAGUACGGUUACCACAUUUUUGUAAGAGAUCCUCAUAGUGUUAGAUGAUGUCGCAAGGAUUGGCCUCUCUGUUUCUUUGUGAUGUUUUAUUUUAUCAUUGAAGAAACUGUUGGUUCAUGUGACAUUCUAGUGGAUCAACCUUUGUUUUGGCUAAUGAUGGAUGUGUCUGUCAAUACAUAAUUGAUAUGACCAUCAUUAGCUUAUUGCAGUUUUCUCAUCACUGCAUCUUACCAAAUCUGAAAAAAGUCCAUUGGGUCAGGGAAUUUCAUAUUUCAAUUUCCAAGUCAUGUACUACUGUUGCUUAUGAAAUCCAUCCAUUUCUGUGCUUAUCUGAUUCCUUGGACUUUUUCCCGAUUUUAUGUGUGUUAUUUUAUGUCCUUCUUGAUUAGAAUGUCUGUCUCAGUCUGUCUCAGUGCCACUGUACAGAGGAUUGUAUUGAAUAUUAUAUCAAAAUACUCGCACAGAACACUCAACAAAGUUACCUUUGAGAUAGUGACUUAAUGCACCGGUGACAUUGUGUUCCUAUCUUUUUUAUUAUGUAAGACAGUAUUUGCUCAGUGUUUUGAGCAGUGCUGGGUCUUUAAUUGAUCCACUGAGCUAUUGUGAUUCCUUGUCUAACAUUUCUGUGCCUUUUGAAAUCAUAAAGCAUGUCUUUGAAUGUUUAUACAUAUUCUAAUCAUGAACACCGCAGAGAUUUAAAUUGCAUAGUUGGAGACAAGAUUUAUUUGUUCCUACUAAAUCACUAUGUUGCAGUUUGUUUCUGACUUGCAUACAUUCAAGGCUUGCAAAUACAACAUAUUUUCAUAUUUUGAUAAGCCAUGACUGACCAUUACUGCCUAUAUGGAGCAUCACCUGCCUCUAACCACUUUUUUAAAAAUUUAUUGUAAAUGGAAUAAGAAGGGAGGUGAGCUACAUUUGUAUUAUAAUGGUACAAGUGGUGUUAAAGCUAUGCACAGAAAACCAAAACUUAAAAACUAAUUGCAAAAGGUUUCCUUUGCAUAAUUUGUCACCACUCACCAUUCCCCAUAAAUGGCUUCUCAUAAUUAAAAGAAAAAUGUUAUGUUCACAAGCUCUGCUUACAUUAAUUUUUAUCUUUGUGGCCAUAAAUAUUGCAUAUUGUUCCUCUUUAGGAUUGUGCUAAAUUACCCUUUUCUUGUAAAUCCGUUAAUUGUUUCAUCAAGUAAUCUGAAAGUCUUGCUCGAAACUAAUUCUCGGCGUUAUCACUGUUACAUGUGAGCACAAUUAUUAUUAUCUGUGAAGGAAUAAUAAACAACAUGUUUGUUACUCUUAUUUAAGCAGCUCUACAGGCAGUGAUUUCUUACUGGAAUGUAUUUUAAUUCAAGUGUGCGUUGCUGUUUGAUAAAGUGGAUAAAGGCCUAUACGCAUGUAUUAAGACUGAUAUGAGAAUAUUAUAGAGUGCAUCAUUGCUAAUCAACAAUAUUACACCUUUGUUACUUCAUUGUUGAUACAAUUUCUUCUGGCAUGUUAAUCACUCAAGUAUUUGGAAUGCUAUGUACUUAAAGUGAUUUGUAAUCAAAAUUUGUGAUUUUUACUAACUGUAUUGACAGUACACUUAUGUUCCAAUCACCCUCCUCAGAUGCAUGGUGUAUGGCAUAUCCAUAAUUUUGGAUUGUCCUUUGAUUUCUUGACUUUGAUCUGUCAGAUAUUUCACAUACAUAUUAUAAAUAUUGAAUUCAGAACAUCACUAUGGAGCAGCCAACAUUUCAGUUUCGUAGGAUUUAUCUUUACUUUACCUACUAAAGGUAGAAACUGGCAAUAAUAUUUUUAAACGUCUUGUUUCUUAAAGGCUGGUUCAAUGUUGUCAAUUUUCUUGAACAGUAGUUGAACAAAAUCAAUAAUUAAUGCUUCAUUCACUAAAAGUGUGUCUGUAUUUGUAUCAUAAAUGACUCAAGACCCUAUCAAAGUUCAAACUAGCAACCUUUACAAUGUCGUCUCACUGAUUUUGAUGAGUGCUUUCAUUCAUUUCAAACUUUUUCACAUGUGAGCAAAGUUUUCCAUUUUUCUUUCCUUUUUUUUUCCUCUUAUACUUGUUGUGCAGUUGGCAGCAUACGUAUUUUGUGAUAAGUUUCAAAAUUGAUUGUGGAGCGACUCUCGUCCUACAUUGUCGCCAAUAAAGCCACUUUUUGAUGACCAA